UCAUUCGUGGCUAACAAAUCCCGUGCCUUGUGGCGAACCGGGCCGUUCCUAAGCCGAGCCUAGUUAAGGCGCUGUUAGCUUCAUGCAACAUUCCCGCUAUCAUCACACGUGGUAGGGCCUAAUUGCAUAACGAAUUGUGGUAAUUUCCCCCGGUUGCCUCACCCUGACGAGGCUGCGCAGCGACAUCACCCAACUUCAUCAGUCGAAGCUGUGACAAACACCAUAGUUCAGCUGUUCCGGUUCCUACACAACCUCCUUGCCUGGUUUCAGCGUCUUCCGAGGCUUACUAAGCCUCCAUGACGUUGAUCUGACCCUAUGACAGCAUCGUCUCUUUCUCCUCCUUCUCAGUCUGAGAAGACGAGUGGCGAGGAUGUCAAAUUCAGCAGCUUCGAGACUAGUGCUAUGAUAAUAAAGAGGAACGGAUGGAAAAUCCCCACCCCGAUGCAAUGGAAAGCGCAGGACGAAGCUGGCGCGAAAAGUUUCAUCGAAUCCCCUCCGCAGCGAGACAAGCGUAGUCUUUCAGAUAAGCAUCGCUUCAGGUUGCUCCAUGCGCAUUGCACCGACAUAGACCCCCUUGACAAGUUGGCCCCCCUCAUCAAAAUUGCCGCAGACAAUGGUUGGAUUGGCGACCGGUUCAAGUUCUUUGUCAAGAACAAGACAACCGGCUCGGCGGUGCUGGAGUCAACGGAGAAUAUCAGCUUCAUUGCGCAAACACCAACUGACGACGACUACCCCUACUUUUGCGUCUCAGUGGCUGAUAAAUACACCAACGGAUACCAGAGAGAUGCAGAUUGGGUCGCUCUGGUGUUUUCAAACCAGGGCAUACCCAGAAAAGAGGUGGAAUCAUUGCUAGUCAAUGACAAAUUCCCCCACGACUACCCGGAUCUCCGAUACUUGGACUUCAUGAUCUUACCCGUGGUUCUCCUGCGCUGGCAGGUGGAACAGAUCACAACUAGGCUCACCUCCAUCAAGGCUGAGAUCAUGAAUCAAGACAAGAGCCUUGUAUCCCCGACCCAAGGCGAUAACCUUGUAUUUCCGACCAUCGAGACAGUCAGUGAUAUGAGAAACAAGGUGUUCAAAAUGCAGCAAAGCCAUGUUAUGCUCCAUCGCAGAUGGACGUUUGCGCGCGAACUAGCAGGUAACUUGGUCCGUUACUUCGAUAAAAUCGAGAAGCGGAAUACCAAGGAGAACAAUGUGAUGGAAUACUCUGCUACUUUUCGGGAUAUUGUCCAGGCCCAGGACGAUAUCCUAAAGACUCUAUUGCAUGACCUAGACACGACACUGUCAAGGAUACAAGCUCAGCAAACAAAUAUGGACAAUCUAAUCAAUAUAUCGAUUGCGAGGAGCUCCCAAAUGGCAGCAGAGAAGGGUCUCCGGGAUAGUAGAUCGAUGAGAACGAUAGCUGUCGUGACCCUCGUUUUUCUUCCAGGUACUUUCGUCGCGGUAAGACACCAUCCAGCAGUCAAUAGCUUCCGCAAACUUUAGCUAAUGAAUUAUACACAGGCCUUUUUCAGCAUGUCUAUGUUUGACUGGGAAAGCGGUCGAAAACAAGGGGAGGUAGUCUCAGCUAAGUGGCUAGGGGUGUUUUUUGCCAUCUCUGGCACUUUGACCUUGUUGGUAUUGCUCAUCUGGGCGUGGUGGCACAAGCGGUCCAAAAGGUCGUCUGGGACGAAGGACGCCGGUAAAUUUGUAUGAAGAGAGCACCGUGGAAUAUGAUAUUGCCAGUACAGAUAAAAAUGACCAAUCGUAUCACUUGAGAUAUGAAUCGUUGACAA